AGCAUUUAUAUAUUAACUGGGCUUCAUACAGCGAAUGAGCUAACUCGAAAACUGCCAAAUAACAACUCUGUGUUGGAUAAAAUGCACUUUAGCCGAAAUGUCAAUUUGUCAACGGAUAAUUUUGACAGCUCCAAAUUUUGGGUUCUUUAUCGCUUCUAAAAUUUUCACAUAUCUUGUUUUUUCCCCAAAUUUGCAAAAAUUCUACGUAAAAUCAAAUUAUCUCUGCAGCAUCGUAAACGUAAAUCUAAACAGCAAAAUCAAUCGCUAUUUGGAGUUCCGACAACUGCUACAAUAGUUACUAUAAGUGAAGUGGUUACCGUCACAGAGAAAUCAGUAAACGAAGUCGGGGAAACCGCGGUCAUGGAUACCACCAAUCUUAAUCGGGUGCUAAAUCAGACUUUGCGUCAUCCGUUGCACGGACUGCUCUUUAAAUAUACCAAUGUUAUGAAAGGUUGGCAGUACCGCUGGUUCACUGUUGAUGCACAUACAGGCACACUUAGCUAUUACUUAUGUGACUCCUCUUUAACUGGAGAUGAAGUAACACCAUCCGCACAAGUUCUGGCUUGUGCGCCGCGUGGUCAAGUCCAACUUGCAGGCGCUGUGGUCUGUCCUAGUGAUGAAGAUUCACGGACGUUUUCUAUCGGUUGUGCAUCUGGAGAUACAGUCAAAUUGCGUGCUGCCGAUGCACGUUCUCGGCAAGAAUGGGUAGAUGGUUUGCGGGCAGUCGUGGAGAGUCACACCAAAGCAAUGGAUAUUAGUAAUUCAUCACCACUGCCGCCUCGGGAGUUGCUUGCUGCUUCUGAUGCGAUGGUAUCAGCCAGACAAGCACUCUAUCUAACCGAACAAUGCAAUGCAUCGCUUGCGCGUACAAUUGAGAAUAUCGAAUGUGAAACCUUUUCGCCGACAGAUCCAGAUUUGCUUUUGCUGAAAGCCAUUUCGACUGCUAGCACACAAUGUUUACAUCAGUGCCUAAGCCUAUUGCAACGACAUGAAGAGAUACACAGUACAAGUGUUGAAUCAGCGGGCGCUUUUUGAGACGACAUAAGUUUUUAAGCUUCAUUGGUUGCAAUUGUGAAUUAUGAAUUCGUUUUUAAGUGCUUAAGUACGUUGUUAUUUUGUUCAUAUAUUUAAAUGUGUAUGGUUGCAAAUUAUAAUAUAAGUGCAAUCGUAAAACAAUUUAAUUUUAUAACCGAUGUGCUUAUACACUCUCUACUGUUAAACAUUUGAAAAUUUAUUGGAAACCUUAAACACUUAUUCACAAUAUGUGCGUAUAUGUAUACAUAUAUUAUGAAAGACAUUUACACUUUAUUACAAAUUACAUUAACGAUAUUUAUUCAUAUACAUGUUUUAGGUAAGAAUACAUUCGAUGGAGUUAUUAAAUAUACGCACACAUCUUAAGCUUAAAAUGCGGAAAUGAAA